AUGGCUUCUCCCAAGGUCGAUUGGCUUGUCUUGAUUCCUGACAAUGAAGGCGCUUUGGAGAAGCGGCUGAAGGCAAGGCCUGAACAUAUGGAUGGUCUCAAGCCACGUGUCGACAGCGGAGCCUGGGUGCUGGGAGGAGCAACCUUGAGCACUCCGCCACGCGACGGCGAGGAUAAAAAGUAUACCGGCAGUUGCAUUGUGGCCAGAGCCUCGUCUCGUGAAGAGGUCCUCGAAGAGAUCCGCAGGGAUGUUUACGCGAAAGAAGGAGUCUGGAAUCUCGAGAAGGUUUGCGAAUCUCUAUGA